UGUAUCCCUGGUGUACUCGCCACGGUAGCCUGGCAACCCUGCUCCGUAAAUUAAAAGUAAAAACUCGCUAAUUAGGGAUCAUGGCCACUUUGGAGGACAAAUUGCUGGGCGAGAAACUGGAGUACUACUGCAGCAGCAGCGAGGGCGAGGACAAUGGCGACGAGGGGGACGACGCCAAGGGGACAUCCGGGAAAUCCCGGUCCUCCGGCCUGACCAUUGACACAAAUCCGGAUGCGACUCCGUCCGGCGGAUUCAGGCAGCAAGGCUCCACGAACACGGGGCCCAAGGGCGUGGUCAAGGACUGGCAGAGAUUCAAGCAGCUAGAGGCGGAGCGCAGGGAUGAAACGGAGCGCCAACGGCUGGCGCUGGCCAAGAAGCUCACCAUUACCACGGCUACAUCGGCGGAGGAUGAGGAGCGCAAGCGGCAGGAGGAGCUGGACUCCGAGCUGGAUGAGCUGAUGAGCGAGGAAUUCCUGCAGCAAUAUCAGAAGCAGCGGAUGGCCGAGAUGCUCCGCCAGACAGGCCACAACCAGCAGUUUGGCAAGGUGCAGCAGUUGACCAGCCACGCAGAGUUCCUGGAGUGCGUGGAGCAGGAGAACAAGCACACCACCAUCAUCAUCCACAUCUACGAGCGCCAGAUGGCCGCGUGUACCACCUUGAACAAAUGCCUGGACAGCCUGGCCAGCGAUUAUCCGUCCAUCAAGUUCGCCAAGAUCUGCAGUUCCGUGGCCGGAAUGAGUCGGGAUUUCCGCACCAAAGGACUGCCGGCCCUGCUGGUUUACAAGGCCCAAGCGGUCAUCGGGAACUUUGUGCGGCUAACAGACGACCUCAGCGACGACUUCUUCGCCUCCGAUGUGGAGUCUUUUCUCAUCGAGCACGGAAUUUUAUUGGACCGAGCUCUGUACAAUUAAGGUCUCCCAAGAUUCUGAACUGACAAGUAACUUGCGACCCAUUCCAAGACCUUUAAAUCAUAAAAAGUGGGAAACAUUUGAAAUUUCAAAGUCCGGAAGCAGCUCUUAAUCAAAAGGUAUAAGUUUUUGGGAUCUCAGAGUUACUUGUCCGUUCAAUUGAGGCUUGAACGCUCCCACAACAUCUGACCAAAUAUGUGUUCGUAAGACUAGCAUUUAAGAGAACUUAAGCCAGGCCCGCCCUCUUUGCUUUUUCAAUUUAAUUAUUUAUUCUUUCCAUUCAGUAAUUAGUUACAUUAUAUGUAUGAUUCUUUUCUCUUCUUUUGUUUUUGUAUACAGAAGUUCUUGAAGUGCAACUUUCGCAAAAUGGAAAAUGUCUCGGAAACGGGGUAAAUCAAAGAAAUAAAAUUCGAUUAAAAAUAUUUGAAAAAUGUAUUCGAAAUGCAUUUUACACUUGAAAUUGUGUGGAACAGAUCCUGCUCACUAAGAAUAGCGUAUAUCUAUAACCUUUCCGUCAUCAUUUACAAUACGAAUUAUAUUUAUGUAAUAGUAUUUAGUGGCUAAUGAAUGUACUUCACUCGAACUGUACUCUGUAAGAUUUAUACACUUAUAUAUUUUGUAGCUUAUAGCCUAUCAUAUACAGCAAUAAAAAUGAUGUCGAUACAAUAAA